AUGGAUUCCUUCACCACCAUCGCCUCUUUCACCAACAAGCCCACCGUCGAGGUUCCCUCUGACCUCGAGACUGGAGGCGGUUCUGGAAAUGGCGCUUACUGCGUUAUCGCCUAA